UCUGAUCACAACAACAACAACAACAACAAUCACAAUGACAAUAACAACAACCACAACAACAACAACAAUCACAAUGAGGAUAUUGACAUUGAUACAACAAAUAUUGACUUGACGAUGGCCGGACCAAACCCAUCAAUCCCAAUGAUGUCAAUGGACUCGACUGGAGGCACGCCAGACGAACCCUCAUCUGGCUCGUCAACUCCACCCAUCGUCAGGAACAAGGACGGCAUCGACCCCAAGGAGAAGAAGGAGGAGGGCGAGAACGUCGGCUUCUUCCAGCUGUUCCGCUUUGCCACCAAGCUCGACUAUCUGCUCAUGUUUGUUGGCACGAUCGGCGCUAUUGCCGCCGGUGUCGCCAUGCCUGCCAUCUCGAUCGUCUUUGGUCAGGUGAUGAACAUCUUCACCUACCAAGAGCUGCAGAACCCCAACUUUAGCAUCUACACCGAGAUCUCCAAGGUCUCGCUCAACUUUGUCUACUUGGCCAUCGGCAUGUUCGUGGCCUGCUACCUCGAGGUCACUUGCUGGACCAUCUCAGGUGAGCGCCAGUCAGUGCGCUGCCGCAAGCAAUACCUCAAGGCCAUUCUGAAACAGGAGAUCGGUUGGUACGACGUCACCAAGUCCAGCGAGCUGGCCACACGUAUCGCCUCAGACACUCAACUCUUCCAGGAGGCCAUCGGAGAGAAGGUCGGUAACUUCCUUCACUUCACCUCCACCUUCAUUUCUGGUUUCAUCGUCGGUCUCGUCAAUGGCUGGCAACUGGCCCUCGUCAUUCUGGCCAUCACACCUUUGUUGGCCGCAGCUGGAGGCUUCAUGACCAAGAUGAUGACUGAGCUCACCAAGAAGGGCCAAGACUCCUACGCCAAGGCUGGUGCUGUCGCUGAGGAGAAGAUCGGCUCGAUCAGAACCGUCGUCACCUUCUCUGGUGAGGAGCGCGAGAACCAGGCCUACGCCAACAACCUCAAGGACGCUCUGGACAUUGGUCGUCAGAAGGGUCUCAUGAACGGACUUGGAAUUGGUCUCGUCUUCUUUGUCCUCUUUGGAUCCUACUCCCUUGCCUUCUGGUAUGGUGCCAAGCUCAUCACCGACCACGCCUACAACCCAAUCCACUCGAGAGACUGGCAGGGAGCUGAUGUGCUCACCGUCUUCUUUGCAGUCAUCAUGGGUGCUAUGGCUCUCGGACAAGCUGCUCCAAACCUUGCCAACUUUGCCAAUGGUCGUGGUGCUGCAUUCAAGAUCUACAGCGUGAUUGAUCGCAAGUCAAAGAUUGAUCCAUUCUCAACUGAGGGAGUGGAGCAUGUUGCUGAGGGUGACAUUGAGUACAGAGACGUCGACUUUGCCUAUCCAUCGCGUCCCGACGUGCAGAUCUUCAACAAGUUCAGUCUGUCCAUCAAGAAGGGCCAGACCGUGGCUCUGGUCGGAGACAGUGGUGGUGGCAAGUCCUCCGUCAUUGCUCUGCUCGAGCGUUUCUACGACCCAAUGGCCGGAGAGAUCUACAUGGACGGCGUCAACAUCCGCGACAUCAACAUCAAGUGUCUCAGACAAAGCAUUGGUCUCGUGUCCCAGGAGCCAACACUGUUUGGUGUGUCGAUCGCUGAUAACAUUCGUUACGGCAAUGAGAACGCGUCCAUGGACGAGAUCAUCGAGGCCGCCAAGACCGCCAACGCACACGACUUCAUCUCCACGCUGCCAGAGGGUUACGACACUCAGGUCGGUGAGAAGGGUGUCCAGAUGUCUGGAGGCCAGAAGCAACGUAUCGCCAUCGCUCGUGCUAUGAUUAAGAACCCCAAGAUCCUGUUGUUGGACGAGGCCACCAGUGCCCUCGACGCUGAGAAUGAACAUCUUGUGCAGCAGGCCAUCGACAAACUGAUGCAAGGCCGUACCACCAUCGUCAUUGCCCAUCGUCUGACCACCGUCCAGCACGCCGACGUCAUUGCCGUCGUGCGCGCCGGUAGCAUCGUCGAGCAGGGCACUCAUCUUGAGCUGCUUGCCCGCAACGGAGUCUACACCUCCCUGGUCAACCGUCAACAGAGCGGUGAGGCUGAGGACAGAAAGAAGAUGAUGAAGCGCAGCAACAAGGCUGUCAAGACCGUCGACACCUUGCAAUCAUCAGACAGCGCAUCAUCCAGCUCAGUCGGCGACGACAGCUCCGACGACGAGAAGGACAAGACCGACGCCAAGGACGAGAAGGACGACAAGACUGGAAAGAAGAAGAAGAAGAAAGCCGUCAAGUCCGAGGUUCCACUCACACGUAUCAUCAAGAUGAACCAAGCCGAGUGGCCAUUCUUCCUGUUGGGUACAGUUGGCGCUCUUGCCAACGGUGCCAUCAUGCCAGUGUUCUCAAUUAUCUUCUCUGAGAUUCUCAGAGUGUUCAACUCUCCGGAGAUGUACGACGACGCCAUCAAGCUGUGCCUGUGGUUCCUGCUGCUGGCCGCCGUCGCCGGUAUUGCCAACUUCUUCCAGAUCGCCUCGUUCACCUACGUCGGUGAGGUGCUCACUUACCAUCUCCGUUACUUCUCCUUCCGCUCGAUCAUCCGCCAGGACGUCGGUUGGUUCGACCUUCCCGAGAACACCACUGGUGUGCUCACUGCCAACCUUGCCACCGACGCCACACUCGUCCAGGGUAUGACCAGUCAGCGUCUCGGUCUGCUAAUCCAGAACAUCGUCACAAUGGUCACUGGUCUUGUGAUUGCCUUCAUCUCUGGCUGGAAGCUCACACUCGUGGUGCUCGCCACCGUGCCAAUCAUUGGUUUCUCAGGCAAGAUGGAGAUGGACUUCAUGGCUGGAUUCUCCAAGGACAGCAAGGAAGCCUACGCCAAGUCUGGACAGGUGGCCACCGAGGCCAUCGGAGGUAUCCGUACCAUCAGCUCGUUCACUGCCGAGAAGAAGGUCUACGACAAGUACAAGUUUGCCCUUUCCGAGCCAAUCAAGAUUGCUCUCAAGAAGGCCAACACCACCGGUAUCGUCUUUGGUUUCACCCAAGCUACCAUGUUCCUCAUCUGGGCACUUGGCUACUGGUACGGAGGCAAGCUCGUCGACGAGGGCGAGUGGUUGGCUCCACAAAAGGACAUCGACAAGUUCUGCCAGCCACCCAACUACACCUUCAACGUCACGUUCGACCGUUGUGUCUACAUCGAGAACAGCAUCUACGGCUUUGGUCAGAUGCAGCGUGUGUUCUUUGCCAUCGUCAUGUCAGCUAUGGGCAUUGGUAACGCCAGUGCUUUCGCCCCAGAUAUGGCCAAGGCCACCAUGGCCACCAACGCCAUCUUCAAGCUCAUUGACCGCGUGUCCAAGAUCGACCCAUUCAAGAAGACCGGUCAGACCAUCCAGGAGAUCAAGGGAGACAUUGAGUUCCGCAACGUCGGCUUUGCCUACCCAUCGCGUCCCAACAAGCAGAUCUUUAGCGACUUCUCGCUCACCAUCCCCCACGGCAAGAAGGUUGCUCUGGUUGGUGACAGUGGUGGUGGCAAGUCCACCGUCAUUGGUCUGCUCGAGCGUUUCUACGACCCACUCGAGGGCCAGAUCCUGCUGGACGGCAUCCCCAUCACCGAGCUCAACCUCACCUGGAUGCGUAGCAACUUUGGUCUGGUCGGCCAGGAGCCAUUCCUGUUCUCUGGCUCGAUCAUCCAGAACAUCCGCUACGGCAAGCCCGACGCCACCAUCGAGGAGGUGAUCAGCGCCGCCAAGGCUGCCAACGCCCACUCUUUCAUCUCUGAGCUGCCCGACCAGUACGACACGCAGCUCGGCGACAAGUUCACACAGCUGUCCGGAGGCCAGAAGCAGCGUGUUGCCAUCGCCCGUGCCAUCAUCCGUAACCCCAAGAUCCUGUUGUUGGACGAGGCCACCAGUGCGCUCGACUCCAAGUCCGAGAAGAUCGUGCAGGAGGCGCUGGACAAUGUCAUGAAGGGCAGAACCUCGAUUGUCAUCGCACAUCGUCUCAGCACCAUCAUCGACUCUGACAUCAUUGCCGUUGUCAAGGGUGGACGUGUCGUUGAGAUUGGCAGUCAUCAGCAACUUUUGGAACUCAAUGGUUUCUAUUCACAACUCAUUUCAAGACAACUCUAA